CCUGAACUCCUCCCUUCUGCUUUUGCCCUCCCUCGAUUUUUACCUCGCCCUCCUCUGGUCUAGCUUGUCUCUCUGCUUUUUAUUUAGCCAGCUACCAAGUUGCGACAUUUCACUUCACGCCGCUUCAUCGUUUUGUUUCCCCGCAUAAUUUUUGGGGAUAAAUGCACGACGUAUCGUUUUUUAAACCGUAAUCAUAAAUGUAAGUGAUUAGAUUUUUCCAGCACUAUUACCAUUCGCUCUAAGUAUGGCGUAUUCAGAAUUGGUCAAAUAAUUAUCUUAUCGUGACAUGAACAUUUAUUUAGCAUGCUGUAACAAGUAAGAAGACAACGUGUUGAAGACAGGAUUAGGCUAUUUCUCAGACCUACCGAGCGUGCACAGACAGGUUUUUACGGCAAGGGCAGCCACAUGAAGAGGUCAAUGAAGAGGAUGACGAAGACGGAAGGAUAAACUACAAGAGACAGCCAGGGAAGGAAGAAACGUGGAGAAGGAGGGAUGAGAAAGAGACUAAAAUAAGAGGAGGAAGUGGAACUCCAAAGUGCCUAAGAAGACUGUGAGUGGGUGCCUGGCAUUCUGGUCUGGUCCAGUGCUGUUAGUGCUGUGGGAGUGUUUGGCUGGCUGGUGGCCUGCUGCUGCUGCUGUGUACUGCUGCUGUCUGCAUAGGACAGGCUCCUGGCCUUGCUAGGUGAGAGUAGAGCAAAGCACAGCACUGUGUGUGUGUGAGUGUGUGUUUAUUUGUGUGUGUGUUUGGCCUUGAAUGAGGCUAUAUGUGACCCUGACAGCCAGCGAGUCAUCCAUCCUGCUGCUGAUCUGCAAUCCGCCCACCUCCCCCCAGCCUCCACCUCCCCUCAGCCUCCACCUCCCCAAAUACUCCACCUCCCCCCAGCCGCCAUCUCCCCUCAGCCUCCACCUCCCCAAAUUCUCCAUCUCGUCCCAGCCUCCACCUCCCACAGCCUCCACUUCGUCAUCAAUACAAGGACACUGGUCGAUAAGCUUCUGCUUUUUUAUCUUUCCCUUUUUCUAAACAGCCUGACCAGCCAUACUAAUCGCUACAGAAGCCGUGUGGUUUUGGGAUUUCUGUCUGAAGAACGGAGUGACCAGCGCGAGCAAGACAGAGACAGACAGACUGACGGACAUAAGAAGAGGAAGCUGUCAUUGGAAGGCCUCUCUCUAGGACAAUGCCUGUCUGAACUACAUAUCUCAGCAUGCCAGAGUGAGGUGCCCCAAUUUCCUCCUUUUUCUAUGAGACAGAGCUGGCCUCUGCUCACCUCUAGCUCUAAGAACUCAUCCCAUCGUCAGUGGAUCAGGGAUCUGCACCUUACCCAAGAAUACCCACUACUCCAGCCUCCAUACCCAGAAACUCAAAGUCAUUUCAAAGGACCAGUUUAUUCAUUGUAUCCAGUAUAACUAAGUAUUUUUUUUAUUUCACACACUCAUCUCCUCGUCUUGCCAAGGAGUUUCCAAUUUAUUUUCGUCUGCAUCAGUGCAUUUUGUUUGUGCACUAAGUCCCGAUUGUGUCCAACCCUAGACCCUACUCCCUUAUCCACUUGCCCCCUCCUGUCCUGAGGGGCUGUAAUGGCAGUCAAUAUGGGAAGUAUGGCCAUGGGCCGGGACACUAAGUGGCUGACCCUAGAGGUGUGUCGAGAGUUUCAGAGGGGUACCUGCUCCCGCUCGGACGCUGAGUGUAAGUUCGCCCACCCAGCCAGGAGCUGCCACGUGGACAAUGGCCGAGUCAUCGCCUGCUUCGACUCACUCAAGGGACGCUGCACGCGUGACAACUGUAAAUACCUGCACCCCCCUCCCCACCUCAAGACCCAGCUGGAGAUUAACGGGAGAAACAACCUGAUUCAGCAGAAGACAGCAGCGGCCAUGUUGGCCCAACAGAUGCAGUUCAUGCUGCCAGGAGCCCAGUUGCAGCCCAUAGUGAAUAGCCCACACUACACAACUACGUUCCCUAUGACUCCCAGUAUGUCGUCCCUGGCCACCAGUCCCAGUAUGGCGUUCAGCCCGUAUCUGAGCCACAUGGGUCCAGGGAUGGGCCUGAUGCCUGAGCUGCUACACCAGGCCCCCCUGCUGGUCCCAGGGAGCCCCACCGGCCUCCAGGUCAUGGGCAACAGCAGCUCCCAGCAGAAACACAUGCGCACAGACAAGCUGGAGGUAUGUCGUGAGUUCCAGAGGGGUAACUGCACGCGGGGCGAGGGCGACUGCCGCUACGCCCACCCCAUGGAGGCAGCCAUGGUGGACGGCAGUGAAAACUCAGUCAUCGUCUGUAUGGACUACAUCAAGGGCCGCUGCUCCAGGGACAAGUGCAAGUACUUCCACCCCCCUGCCCACCUACAGGCAAGGAUUAAGGCCGCCCAGCACCAGGCCAGCCAAACCGCCAACACCAUGGCCAUGCCCCAUGGGGCAAUGCAACAGCUACCAAAGAGGCCCACCUUAGAGAAGAGUAACGGGGGUGGUGCUGUGUUCAACCCCAGCAUGUUCCACUACCAGCAGGCCCUGGCUAACAUGCAGCUGCAGCAGCCAGCCUUUAUCCACCCUGGCUCAGUCCUGUGCAUGGCGCCAUCAGGAGGCAUGGGGCUUAUGAAAGGGCCGGCCACGCUGGCAGUGGAUGGCCGUUGGGAGAGGCGGGACUGGAGCAGCUGCAGGCACCCCCACAGCCGCCUCUUGUCAGCGCCUGGAUUCACUGUACCCAUGAUGCACGGUGCCACCACCUCCACUGUUUCGUCGGCCUCGACCCCAGUCACCAAUGUUCCUUUCGCAGAAUCAGCCGCCUCCAAUCAGACCCUUCAGAGGUUCUGAGUGCCGACCCAGUGGACCUUCAGUGCGUCCCCAUGGAAGCCCACUUCUGCCCUCUCCCCAAACUCCUGAUGGCUGCUCCGGUGGCGCUGAACCCAGUAACCCUCCCGUGAAACCCCAGUUAAAGCACCCGACAACACCAUCAAACCCUUAGUCAUCCCCAACCAACCAACCCUGCCCCAAAAACACCACAGUCAACUAUUUGAAUGCAACAAACAUGUGCCUAACCUACAGUGCACCCCAAGUGAGAGGUAGUGUUAUCCUCAUUUAGGAGGUAUUCACAUAAUAAAAAAGUUGACAAGGUUUUAUUGACAUUUAUCACAGGCAAUACUAAAGCUUGGACCCAUUACUGUUGAUGUAAAGCCAGCCCAGACUGAUGCACAUUGACUUGAAGGAGCUGACUGAAGGAGAGGCUCCCCAGUUCUUACAGCCAUACACACCCACACCUUUAACACACAAACACACAUACACACUAAAAACAGCAAAUCCUCUUGGAGACUAAGCUGAGGAUAUGAGGCGUAAGGUCGUAUAAUCUUACACAGCUGACGGUUCCCCCAAAGUCAGACAGUCUGGAAAGAAAAUUAGUGAAAAGUCAGACAAGAAGAAAGAAGUAGUCUGCAGAGGUUGGAUCAUUCUUGAAGUAGUCUGCAGAGGUUGGAUCAUUCUAGAAGUAGUCUGAAGAGGUUGGAUCAUUCUAGAAGUAGUCUGCAGAGGUUGGAUCAUUCUAGAAGUAGUCUGCAGAGGUUGGAUCAUUCUAGAAGUAGUCUGCAGAGGUUGGAUCCUGUAGAUCAUUCUAGAAUGCAAUGUCGUUUUCGUCAUCUUUUCUUUUUCACUUCAAAGAAAUGUGUUGCGUCUCAUUUAAUGUUUACAGUACGUUUCAAGACGGCUGAAGCUUAAAAGCAGUGUGUUAUUAUGUGAGCCAUUCCCUUAGUUCAGAGAGGCUAAGCUCCUAUGGUCCAAUUCAAAAAUCUCACCCAAGGUCUCAUAUCUGAUGUUUCUCCAUGUUCAUUUGUCUGUGCCUUUUGAGUUCCCAGCUAUGUAGGAGAUUUGAUGUCUUAUCUCAAAACAACUGAAGUCAAUGACUUAAGACCCAAAUAGCCUUGAUCUCAGACAAAGAAUAGAGAAGUGUUUCUAUUGACACACAAGGCUAUAGCUCCUCCUGUGUAUAUAUUGCCUGUCGAAAGGUCUCUGUUCAGGAGGCCUAGGUCCUGUGACAAGCUCUCUUCAUGAGAUUAUUUUUGGGUCGUUACACGAAUAGAGUGCCUUUCAAUUGAACUGUUAGAUCACGUACAUCGAUGCUCUAACUAGUCUCGUCAAUCCCAGACCUAGGGCAACAGCACUGGGAAUCAUGAAAAAGGAAAUUGUCCUCUUCAGACAGACCAGUCACAAGUUUGGGUAGGCGGGGCUUAGAAUGCAGGCAGGAAUUGUGAAAAACUCUUACCAUGGCCUGUACAGCCAGACAUGCCAGAACUUCGCAAUUUGAAACCAAAGUUUGCAGGCAAAACCUUUGAAAUGGUUUUAGUGAAGGUAGUUGAUGCAAACUAGCCACUUGUGAAAUACACUCAUUAAAAUAACCUCUGUGAGCUCCAACUUGUUAGCUACUAUUUUGGGCAACAAGCGAAUAAGGCAGUGACGUAAGAAAGAAGGAUAUCCCAACUCCACCUUUUACUCUGUCAAACUGACGUUGUUUUAGUACAGAAGUGUAUGCUGGAACAUUGGUGCGUUGUGGGAGGCAACCCAUCUGUCUAGAGAGACUAUGCUCUAACUUAACAAAACCAUUUUCAUUCAAAUAAGUUAUUUGUUUUCUCUGAAAAUCCACAUUUUGCCAUGUCCCAUGUCUUGUUUGUCCAACUUCUAAGAAGAUUUGAACUCACUUAACCCCAAGUUUUUCAGAUGUUUUCACUGUCAUUUCUGAAGAUGUUUUACUUAUUUAAUGUGAUUUCCAUUCUGACAUCGUUGAACGUCAUUGCACGCAUGAUAGAACAGCAAUGUACUGCUAUUGUUUUUUACCACGAUGCUGGAUGCUAUUCUCCUCCGCUUAAUCAACAAAACCAAAACAAUAUCACCUUUGCUCGGGCCGAAGAAUGGCGCUGUUAUUCCCUUAUGCGGAUUUCAGCUUUAAACCUCUUGAGAUGGGAAAACAUGUUUGUUAUGAAUUUUAACAUGUGCUCCUCAUGACAGAAUGUUACAAUUAAGUGAAAUUGUUAUUUUUGACAAAAUUACACUACCCAAAAGGUAAUCUAUUCGUGGAAGGACACAUUAUUGAAACCAAAAAUGAAAUUCAAUGGCGAAAUCUGAAAUAAUACUUAAUUAUUUCUUGAACUUUCUGGAACCAAGGGGAGUUGCUUUGCUUGUCUGAAAGGUCUAGCAUGCUUACCUGUGUGCCAAUGAUUCUAUAAUGGAGGUUUGUCUGUGCCAAUCAUUGGUGUAUACUGUAUCCUAAAUAGAAUUCCCUUAGUGUUAUCAGAUUGAUAUCUGAGUGGAUGUUUCCCCUUCAAUGAGCCGUCCCUUUCUCUGUCAGACGUCAACUGAUAUUUGCAGAUCAUUUUGGGGUCAAUCUCCUGCAUUCAUAAUAGUAUGUUUGAGUAAGUGGUAUACAUUUUUCUAUAUAUUGUGUUAAGAAUAUUUUAAUGGAAUGGAUUUGACAAAAGAAAUGUGGUUCUGCAGGGAGUAUAUUGAGUAAGCUUGAAAUUGUUCCGUCUGCAAAUCAUGUAUUUGAUCAUCGUCACUGUGUCCUUACUUUCAAUCAUCAGCAGACUUGAAAUGCUACAAAUAUAGUGACCUGGUGGAACAGUACCGACCUAAGUAGAGGAAAUAGAAGGAGAUAGUGAGAGACUGAAAGAGAAACGGAUCAGUUCUGGAGUCGAGUAUUUGGUCUUAAAAUGGUAUCCAGAAUUAUUACAAAAUGGAGCAGAAUUGCUAUGAAAAUGGAGAGAGACAAUACAUUAGCUGAUAUGUUUAGGUGAGUUUUAAUGUGCCUCUCACUCGUUUUCAAGUCUUCUGAAACCAACCACUGUCCAUACACUGUAAUAACUGACUUUUCAGUCUUUUCAAAACAGAUGAUCCGUUGACUAGCACUGCCUGUCUGGCGCCAUAGAUCUGUCGUGUCUCUGUAGUUUCUGCUUUGUAACAGCUGUGCUGUCUCGUCUUUUGAUGAGAUAAAAAAAAAGUAAUCAGACUGAGUGGGUGGCGUGUUUAAAUGUUUUAAUUAAUGACUAGACACUGAAUUACUAAGUUGGACAUGUGGAAAUGUUGAGACGUUUUCCACAUCUGGGGGGAAAUGGAUAUUGACAGGAAGCUAUUCAUGUUUAAGUCAUGUCAUUUACGUGGUGAAUGUAUCUAAUAGCGCAAAAACUCGAGCGGCAUGUUGAAAUGUAAUGAUUCACUAUAUAGGCUAUUUCUAUUAAGAGGUCAAAUGCAAACCACGUUAAGACAACAUACUGUGUUAAGAAAUGUUUUAAGUAUGUGUGUGUAUUCUUAUAUAGGUUUAUGUUUAAAUGUUUGUGAGUGUGAUGAGUACUUUCAGAAAUAUCUUUGGACAAGUGUGGUCCCUGCAUUUUCCCCCUUUCUUUGAAGCAUUCAGAUGCAUAUUAGAAAUGGUCCUCUCUUAAUCAAUGAAAUUGAUAUUACAAUGUCUAGACAUAUUCAUUUUGUCUAAAUUGUAUAGCUUUGAAGGACUUGCAUUGCCCAGCCAAGAUGAAAAUCUAUCUUCUCUCUCUCCCCCCCUCUCUGUCACAUCAUUAUGCCUUCUCCAACUACUAUCUAGCUGGAAAUAACAAAAUACUUGAUUCAAGAAAAAGAAAAUGUGCCUCGUGGGGGGGGCGUUAGCAUUUUAAGUAAACUUACAUGUUUAAGAGGUGUGUUUUCCUUGUACAAGAACAUAGUUAGCUAGAGUAAUUGUAGUGUUGUUGGUACAAAUAUAUUAUUCUUUCUUUCUUUCUUCAUCCUUUACCAUUAUGUUCCAAAGUUUCUCCCUCUCUUAAUGGUACUUCAUCGAAUUUCCGUCACAUUUUUUGUCUUAAUUCCUAAAUUACAAUAUCAAAGAUGUGACUAUUUAUGGACAGAACUGUUAGUGGUAUUUUCACCCAUUUAGAAAUGUUUUUGUUUAUUCGACAUAAAAAAAUAGUCAUAGCAUGAAAAUAAGAUAAUCUUCAUUGAUACUUAAUUAAUAGUUUGUGUAGUUUCCAUUUAAGAAAAACUAAAAAUAGAAAUUAUAUAAAAAAAUAUAUACAUUUGUAUCUAUACAAUGAUAGAUUCAUUGUUACUUAUUAAUAGUAAGUUGUUGUUGUUGCUGUGGCAACAGAACGACAACAUGGCUACCUUUGUCAAUCUUAAUUGUGAAUUUUUUCACAUAUGAAUUGAAAUAAUGUACAACAUUAACUUAUUCAGAAAGGGAAUGUCUAGUUAGAUUGUCUUGGAUUGCAAGAUGAUUUAAUAUUUUGUAAGAAAAAGUCAAGUUAAAUCCUUAAUGUCCAAAGGUCCUCUGGGGAGAUCAGGUGGUUUGUUUGUUUAUCUUUUGGGUUUGAUUCGUUUUUAUUUCUGUAUUUAGUUUUUUUGGAGAGUAAGAACGCAUCUCAGCUUUUAAAGUGAUCACCUUAAAUACCAGGAGGGUAAAGAGACUUUGGGACUGGAUACAAGAUUGAAAUAAUUCUGCUAAAUUGAGUCAUUAUAGACUUAUGACCUGAUUUGAUUUGCUGUUUUUGAUCACCACAUUACAUUGGAGUUGAACUGGCCCAUACAUGCUGUACAGAAUUUGCUAUGCGUCGUCUCUAUGCAUUGUAUUGCCAACAAUUUUCACCUAGGCUCAUAGGCUUAUACUAUAGGCCUUCUGUCCACCUGGACAGGAAGUGCUGAUGUCACCGAGCUCUUGGAUUGGUCCUCAGUAUGAAGUCUCUUUCCCCCUGUGGCCUGCCCAGCUGUGCUGGGAGAUGUCGAUGCUCGCUGGCGCUUUAGGGGAUUCAACCAGUGUACGAAUGUGUGAUAUUCACCUCGUUUGCACUUAUGUACAUAAGUAAGUCAAAAUAUUCUGAAUUUAUUUUGAAUAAAUAUAGAGAAAAGAACUGAUAAAAAAAUCUAAUUUACUGUAUUGUUAAGAAAUACAGAUAAACAAUUAUCAUUUUAAUACAGUGUAACAAAAGAGAGUUGUUUUUGAGGGAUGUGUCUUUGGUUUUGUUUUAUAUGUGCCCUGCUCCUAUCAAAACAUGAUGGUGCCUCGCUGUUAAGAGAAAACAGAAUGUGUCAAAAAGAAGCUUUGUAGUUUGCCAUACUUUAUAGAAGCGCAUUUAGAAGUCCAGCUAUGUCUGAUCCUGAACCAGUUUAGUUAUAGAACUAUAGUUAGAACUAUAUGCAUAUAGUUAGAUAUUAUAGAACUAUAUGCAUAUAGUUAGAACUAAUAGAACUAUAUGCAUAUUACCUUUAGUCAACAAAUGAAUGAUAUUUCCAUUUCCAUCAGGUGUUCUCCUGUUUGAUGACAGUGACACAGUAAAUCAGAAUGGUAGCUUACAUAAAACUAGGGUUGCAAAGCUACCGGUAAUUUAACGAAGUUACUGGAAUCUUCUGUAUUUUUUGGUAAUUAAUAGCUAAUAUAUGGCAACCUAUGAUAACUUUGGUCAUUUAUACUUCAAUAACUUUUUUAAAAAGUAUUCAUAUAUAGUAUUCAUUUUGUAUACCUGUAUCCAUAUUGUCCAUUAGUUUCUAGCAGAUAUGAUUCAAGAGAACAUUUAUUAAAUUAGAAUGUAAUCAAAAAUUGCAUUAUUUUCAAUUAAUUCUGCAAUGCUUCUAACUAUAGACUAAACUGACACCAGUUUAGCUGCAAAACAUUUACAACAAAGACAUAUUGACAUAGUCUUGUAAAAUAAUUAAGUGUGAAAAAAUAUAGAAAGGAUAUUUCAUGCUGAAACCCUCAUAUUAAACACCAGUGGUAUUCACUAAGUUGAUGGUUUAUAUUUAGAAGAAUGUUUUACAGCUUUGCCAUUGAAUCUAAAAAAAAUAUUAAAAUCAUCUUAUUUGACAUGUGAUAAGGCCACACAGAGGGCCAGAUAUCAUUACAGACACUUGUGGUCAUCUGAAGUACCCAGAAGGGCCACUAGAUGUUUUGUGAUAAUUUACAUUAAAUCCUUGAAAUUUACCAAAUUUCAGGUAGUUUACUGGUAAACUUUGAAAUUGUAAUGUAAUAUACCCUUCCUUUGCAACCCUAUAUAAAACUAGAUUGAUUUCAAGAUCAAACUGUGUUAGGAUUUUCUACACUAUCAGUCCCAUCGUUCUGCAUGCAAGUCGUUGUGCAGAAGAACCUGUGAAUUUGGUGGUCCACCUGCUGUCUGUCUAGGGAAUGACAUUCGGAUCAGCUGACAGUCGGAAAAUAAUGGAUGUCAGUAGUGCGCAAAAACAGGAAAUAAUUUGCUAUUCAUGUGUAUUCGGUUUGUGAGAAGGGAUUUUUCUUUACUCAUUGUCAUUAUCCAAAAAACAAUAUAUCUGAAUUCUCCACAGGAUUUUAGUCAGAUCUGGAUAAAAAAAAAACUGGUUUUACUACAAUUACACACACUUGCGAAACAAACAUCCCUGACGAAAACUUCUGUUCAUGCGAACUUGUACAUUUAAUGCUCUUCAAUUGCUUUGGAAGCCAAUCAUUUUGUUGCCAUGGCACUUGUCCUAGAGGUGGUGGAGGGACUGGGUCUCAGUGGAUUGGUCCAAGGCCUUUCCACUGUAAACAGAGGAGAGGACAACUUUCUUGUAGACUGGGGGUAAGACUGGGGGUCAAGGCUCCCAAUUUUUUAACAACUGAUUCAAAGAUCAGUAUCAUAAUGUACAUAUGUGCGUGUUGAUGUGAAAGAAAAAACAUACAUCUCAUUCAUGGGAAGUGACUACAGAAUUUGUCCCUUUAAUUUAAAUAACUAUUAGUUGCCUGUUUCUGCUUGCUUGGCAAGGCAAAGCCAAGGAGUGAACAAACUUGCACCCAGGUAAAAUAUUGGGUUUGUUUAAAAGCAUUUCCGUUGGAGAGAAGGCUGUCCAUUAUGCUCCUCUCUCCCCCACUCUAGGACAAAAGUGAAAUUGACUGCUUUGAUUCCUGGUAUGAAAAUGCUUCUCUUUCACUUUCUAUUUAGCUUGUUGUGCUUGUACGUGCUAGAGAACUGUGCUACAUGCCAAUUAUUUUUGCUAUGUAUAAAUAUCUAGAUAUACAUACACGUAUGACUUCUGUUAUUUUUGUUUUACCUUUUAAUAAAGCACUUAAAUGGUGAUCUA